AUGUUUUCACAAUCUGUGGAAAUCCCCUAUGGGCUCGACGCGACAUCUCCAUUGUCAUUAAAGUCUCUCUUUGCCGAGCAUCAGUAUUCCGUUAGUCUUGCUAUGCGACACAAGUCCCGAUUUUACGAAGCUUGGUUCGGUUAUUGUUUCAUCGAGGAAUCCUUGGUUGAACGCGGUAAAACCAAACCUUUUGAUGUUUGGACUAUAUUACUAUCUGAGAACUUGACCACACUGCGUUGCAAACCUAAACCCAGAGUUCACCAUGAAUCGGAACACCUGGCGCAGUCAGAAGAGGACACAGUUGAAAUUGAACUGGCUUCCCAAUUUUACGCCUGGCUUGGUUCACUCAACGCCACGGAGGAGAGCGAAAAUAGCCAACGAGAAAACGAACUUUUAGCAGAUUUUGAUCGUCAGGAGACAUACUGCCUAUCUAUACUUUCGCGCACGGACGAAAUUCUGGCUAAGCUACGGGAAUUAAAAGAGAAGUAUGACUUGAAUGAUCUUGCCCAGAAGGCGGAAGAAAUCGAACAGAUCCUCAAGCACUUCACUGUCUUGGCCAGUAUUGAAGCGCCUGCCUUCAAGGACUCCCGGGUCUACUUGAGCCGUUUUCGAGCUUGUCUCGCCACAGCCAUACAGAUGGUCAAGGACGGCAUCAAAAACAUUAUCCGGCGCAUGAUUAUGGAACUGCUGGAACUUGGGACGUUUUACCUGUCAAAACGUGAGGCGCUGGUCCUGCCAGUAGCCCAGGCAAGCAUUGCAGACCUGGUCUCCCAGUAUUCGGGCAACCACUGCGAGCUGCUGCGCACCACCGUCUCCUUCAUGUUGCACAUGUGUGAAGACGAGAUUGCACUGUUUGGCCGAUUCUUCCUGCCCGACGCUACGGGCCUUUUAAGGUGA